CCAGAGAGCGGAGAAGAGGAAUGAUAUGACAUCUUGUAAACAACACAGACAGAAGUAGCUAACGUGGAGUUAAAGCUCAUGACUACACAUGUCCAUUCUAACAUGCUCGUUCAGCUCUAUCACAUGUCCAUAAUCUCAGGUUGGCUCUGUCUUAGGUAUGCCACUGUGUGACGCUGAGUAGCCACCUGCCACCGUGCCCCCUCCCCUCUGUCCCCAUGACAACCCCUCCGCUUGCCCAGUUCCCUGGGCAACAGGCACAAGCCGCGCGGGAUGUGAACACGGCGUCGCUGUGUCGUAUUGGGCAGGAAACCGUGCAGGACAUAGUCCUAAGAACCAUGGAGAUCUUUCAGCUACUUAGAAACAUGCAGCUGCCAAAUGGGGUCACCUACCACCCUAAUACUCAUCAGGACCGGCUGGGCAAGCUACAGGAGCACUUGCGCAUGCUGUCUGUACUUUUCCGCAAACUGCGCCUUGUCUAUGACAAAUGCAACGAGAACUGCGCUGGUCUUGACCCUGUACCUCCCGAGCAACUCAUCCCCUAUGUAGAGGAUGACAGUUCAAAACUAGAUGACCGUGGAGCCAGUCAGAUGCGUUCAGCCAGUGAGGAGAGAAGAGAAGUACUUGAGGUCAACAAGAAACUCAAACAGAAGAACCAACAGCUGAAGCAGAUAAUGGACCAGCUCAGAAACCUCAUCUGGGAGAUUAACUCCAUGCUGGCUGUGAGGAGCUAAGACACACACACAAGGCCAUUUGCAGAGCACUCUUGUAUAUGCAAGACAGACUAUUGUCUACACAAGCUGCAUUAAUGAGAUGUCUGUUUUCACUGACCAUGAAGCAGAAAGACAGAAGAGACAGGAGAGGGGUGCUGAGGUGAAAAAUUGAGAAAGGGAAGGAGGAAGGAGAGAAGACUGAGAGAAAGGGGGUAAAUUUUGCUGCUCGUUCAUGCUACAUGGUUGAGAAAGCAUUCAGUUUAGCUGCCUCGGAUUCAAUUUUCAGCUUGAAAAUUGGAAAGGCAGAGUGCUUUUCUUUUAUUUUCUGUGAUGAAUUUGUGUCUAAAUUGUAUUCCAAAUAUUUGUAAGUCAUAAUGUAUCUGUUCUUCAGAGUAAGUUAAAUAUUUCUUAACUUAUAGUUUAAAAAAUGUAGCACGAAUGUGUAUUGCAUUUUGCAGAUGAGUAUUAUUUUAUUUUAAUAUGCUUGUCCAUUACAAAGCUUAUGUCAUGUCAUGUCAGAAACUAUGUUUGGCAGCUAUGUAUUACAUAACUGAAAGAUGCUAUAUAUACCUUCCAGUGCUUUUAAUGUAACAGUUUUCAUAUUUAUAGCCGUGGUAUUGCGUGAGUAGGUUGUCAUUUCAAGGUGAGGCAUCUUUGUUUUUGGGAUUGGUGUUUGUUAUUUCAUUCUUCAGUAAGAAUGAAAUAAAACAAUGUCAAGGUUUGACAUACCAUGCAUACACAA